AGUACUGAAUUUAGGAUAAUAAGUUGAGGAAAGGAUAGGGCUCAGCAGAGUUUUAUGUAGGGACUGAUUGCUGGGAUCAAGGAAGUCUGAGAUACAAGCAGAUUCAGGCAGAUUCUGGGAACCUGAAAGCUGUGCCUCUCUGGCGACGCUUCCAUAGGAGAGGUAACUCCUGCAGGAUUUCUUAGCAAGAUCAGCUGGAGCUCAGCCUUCCACCAUGCCUGUGCCUCCCCCUCCUGCGCCCCCGCCACCCCCAACACUGGCCUUGGCAAAUACUGAAAAGCCAACCCUUAGCAGGUCAGAACAGGCAGGACGAAAUGCUCUAUUAUCUGAUAUCACCAAAGGAAAAAAGCUAAAGAAGACUGUUACUAAUGACAGAAGUGCUCCCAUUCUAGACAAACCCAAAGGAGGCAGUGGAGGAGGCAGUGGCUUUGGAGGAGGUGGCGGUGGCAGCGGUGGGGGUUUUGGUGCUGGCAGCGGUGGGGGUGGCUUCAGUGGUGGUGGACCACCUGGCCUCGGAGGCCUUUUUCAAGCGGGAAUGCCAAAGCUCAGAUCUGCUGCGAGUCGAGAUGCUGAUGCUGGGGCAGCCCGCCCACCCGCACUGCCGCCUGGAGCCCGCUCUGCUGCUGCCAAGCCAUUCUCAGCACCGAGCGGCCCACCUCGCUUCCCAGGGCCACCACUGGGGCAGCGGAGCCCAGCUGCUGACCCUCAGAGGAGCCGCCUGCCGCCACCAAGGCCCGAUGCGGGUUCCAAGCCUGAGGCCACACCGCCACCGGUGCCCAGCACACCCCGGCCCAUCGCCUCCAACCUGCAUGGCCGGGGCUCAACGCCAGUGCCGGUCCUCAACCGCCAGCCCAGCCUGGGGCCAACGCCACCGCCAUUCCCAGGCAGCCGGGGCGCAGGGUCAGCUGGCUCCCUGCGGCAGCCCGGCCCAGGCCCAGCAGCCCCCUUCUCGGGCAGACCACCACUGCCACCCACACCCGGCCGCUCACCAGUGGAUGACAAACCACCUCCGCCACCACCUCCCUCUGGGCACCGGCCACCUUCCAGCCGGGACAUGGCCCUGCCGCCGCCACCACCACAAAACAGCAAGCCGCCUGUGCCCGCAUCACCACGGCCACCCCUCGGCAUCCCUGCACCCCCGCCACCCCCUAGCAGGCCGGGGCCACCCCCCGUGCCCCCUGGUCCUUCCAGCAGUGAUGAAAUGCCACGGCUGCCCCAGAGGAACCUGUCCCUGGUGCCUCCUGCUGCACCCAGCUCUGGAGGUGGCCGCUCCGGCCCCCUGCCACCACCACCCAGCGAGAGGCCCCCGCCGCCCAUCAGGGAUCCCCCCAGCCGAGCAGGCCCCCUGCCACCACCUCCUCCCAUCAGCAGGAAUGGAAGCACCUCAAGGGCUUUGCCUGCUGCUCCUCAGCUGCCUUCCCGGGCUGGGAUGGAGAACCAGAGGGGUGGGCCCCGGCCACCGCUUCCCCCAGACCGACCGGGAACGGGUGCACCACCGCCACCACCACCGCCUUCAUCAGCGCUCCGGAACGGCUUCCAGGACUCGGGUGAUGAUGAGUGGGAAAGCAGAUUUUCUUUUCAUCCUAUAUCUGAUUUGCCACCUCCAGAGCCAUAUGUACCCGCGAAUAGAAGUUAUCCCAGUAAACUAGCAAGAAAUGAAAACCGAGGAGGCUCUGCUCGAAAAGAAAGAGGUGUCCCUCCACUUCCACCUAUACCAAGGUGAAGUGGGUUCUGGCCCAUUUUUGGGCGACGUCUGUUUUACAAGGUUUCCUUCGAGUCAGCUCUCUCGCCCACAUCGUUGGAAAGUUGUCUGUUUUGCUCUGUUUCCACUUUUGGCUUGUCAGCUGGAACAAACUUCAGUCUAUUACAAAAGUAAUAGAUACAGCUUAUGAACUAUAGUUGCUCAAAGCUAUACAUUUUGUUUGCUUAUACCGCAGGCUGUCCUGAAAGGCAUUCUAUGGACCAUGCCCAACAUACAUGCAUCCUGCUUACUGGGUCCAGCCCUGUCCUCUUGAGAGUUCCGCAGAGGUCUGGCUUUGAAUUUAACGAGAGCUAGAACAAAGCUGUUUCAUUCAUGUGGGGUACAGUGGCUGUAUUAUUUGAACAGUCAAGUACAAUCUGUUUGCUGUUUAUAAACCAACUGCCAGGGAAUACUGUGUAGCUGAGAGUCCUCUGGAGCCUUCUUUGCAUGCCUGACCUGGUCCAUCUGCUUCUGCGAGCCAUAGUCCUGCUACAUGGGAACCGAAAGUUCGUCUUAAAUCUUUUCACCUCAGCUUACUCAAGUAAUUGUGUUUUAUACAAUAGAUGGCACGUCCUGUCCUGAGGAUGGAGUGUGUCUGCCCUUAUUUUUAUCUGCAGAGAAUCUUCCAAAGAAGAGCACAAGCGAAGAAUUCAGCAGCGUAAACAUCUAUUUUUUACAACUUUUUCCUUGUUUUGUAAUAAUGUUACAGUUUUAAUCACUUAAUGCUUUUCUACUUUGAUGUGGACCAUCCCACAGUCAUCCGUGCCCUGGAUUAUUGUAAUGCACUCUACCUGAGACUACCUGCAAAGAGUUCUCCGAAAGUAUUCUUAGUGGAAAUGCAGCAGCUAUUGUAAUUGUUCUUUCCGUAAAACAUUUCUAACACCAGUGCUCCACAGACUGCUUUCCAAUUGUUUCUUUGGCACAAUUAAAUAAUGGGUUUUUAACUUAAAAAGCUUCCUGGGGCUUAGUUGACAGUCUCAGAGAGAUUGUAUUUGACUCAUAACAGCAGAUCAGCUGAGGUCAAAAUGUGCCUAGGUGAAAGCUCUUUUCUGUUGUGAAGGAGGUCUGGGGUUUGUGCGUUCAAGUGGGAGCAAGAGCUCCAAAAUUUGCUGUCUGCACUGUUUCAAGAGGAAUGGGAAGAUUUGGCCUUCUGAGUUUACCAUGAAGCCUGUCCUUUCAACCUCCACCAAAAGGAGCCUCAGCAGGGAGCCACGAGGCUUACGCUAAUAGAAGAAAGAAAAGUAUUCUGACAUUGUGACAAUUAGUUUAUAUGUUUAAUGGCUUUUGAAUUUUGUGUUUGAGAAAAGGGUUCAUUGAAUGAGCGUGUUUUAUAAAUGGAUCCGAAUGCAUGUAAAAUGCCUUUGAAAAUUAGAGGAAGGUUUUGAUUCUGAAUUUUUGAAUAUUGCCAAAUAAUAGCUCUUUGUUAAUUGGACUUCCAAAGUUUAACCCUGAAAAAUUCCUCCUCUGUCUCCUCUACAGCAUUUCUACAGCAUACUCCUUGGGACUACAAAACCUGUACCAGCAGCCAUGUUUCACAGGGUAAAAAAAAAAAAGGUCAUGUUGGUAAAGAAAGUGUUUCUCUAGUGCAAGAGAUGUAAUCCUAAACUGAGGCUAGAAUGAGGUUAGCCCUAGAAAAUCUAGGAAAUGAAGCUGAAGAGAGUUUGAACCCCACUGCAGUGUCUGCAUGUAGGGCUGCGGCUUGGAGGGGUGGACCACCUGUGUCCCGCCACUGGGGCAGUCACCAUGAGGAGCACGAUGCAGAGCUGGGUGCAGCCACAUCAACAUAACUUCCGUGUUUGUUUACAAAAUCUUGUUAGCUGUGAUAGCAUUUGAUUAUAUACAGGUUUUUACAUUUUUGUAUCUAAUGACAUGUUUUAAGUUACUAUCUAUGGUCUUGAACCUGCAAUUGAGUGCGCAGGCGCAGGGAUGUAUCUACAUCAGGUUGCAGGGUCAUGGCUGUAAGAGUUUCUUAAAGAAAUAUUAAUGGGACCUCCAUGUGACAGGUGCACCUUGGGAUCAAGACUAGCUCAGUACUGAAUUUGUAUGUAUUUUAUGGAUGUCACUUAAACAUAUGCACUAUGCAAAGUGCCUGUCUCUUUGGCAUAUUGUUAUGUGAAUAGAAGUCCAAAUAAGAUUUUUAGGAUAAUAACUUAAAGGAUAAAUUAUUGUAUUCAUGUUAUUAAACUGAAGCACUUACAACUUUGAGGAGCGACAUUCUGAAUUUAAGAAUACAAUAUUUUCGAUACAUUGACCUGCCAAAUCCUUAAUAUCCAAACAGCUAUGCAGCCAAAAAACCAGGAAAAAAAUGAAAUCCGAGAGCUGUACUGUAUGUAUCUUGUAACUUACCUGCUUCCAGCACGGCUGCUUCAAGUAAAAUGCUGCAUAUUGUUCCACCAACCCUCUCCAUCAUUCAGAAUGUCCCGUAUUUGAUCUUUUCAGUAAGGUUUGCUGACCAAAAAGUCUGGACCUUAACCAGUGACUUGGCAGGUCAGCUUCAGUCUCACUUUAAAAUGUGCUGCCUAAAAGGCCCUCAGUCAUCGAGCCAAGGAACCCGAGCUGCUUGUUGGUUUUAGUGCUUCCUUGUACUGUAGAAACUUCCUCAGAAUGGCUGUUUGGCAUAUAUGUAAAGUACCUUAAAAAUGCAGAAAGUGGUAUUUUUUCACCUAACAACAAUUUGACUAUUUAUAUCUUUUGCAAUAAAAUUCCCUAGUAUAUUCCAGAGCAAUGCAGCAUUUUAUCUUCCAUAUAUCGCUUCACGUAUCAGUAGCUUUUUACGGUAUGAUCAGUAUUAAGGUAUUUAUUUCACUAUGAAGUCUUAAAAAGAAAAAGAAUAUGGAACAGGUUGAUCCAGUGGUGCCUUAUGACUUUUUUAGUCAACUUUUCUAUGUCUCACAAGACAGAUGAAGUUGCCGUUCUUGCACGUCCCGGUGUAAGUAGCGCUGAUAGCAGCGUUACGCAGUGCUGCGCCAAGUCCUGCAGUUGUCAUGUGCUCAGUCUGCUCACUCGGGUGAGCUGCAUGUGAGGAGAGGCGUGGGUCAGCCUCCAGGUGAGAUGCAGUGGCGCUGGUGACCCGUUGCUGGCAUUGCUCUGGAAACCUCCCCUUCUCCAGACAGCCCAGCUGCCUUCAGCGUGCUUGCACAGGGUGUAAAGGACUAAGCUGGGUUCACUGCUUACAUCUGACAGUUACUGAUUUUGUUUUAAUGGCGUUGUCUUAAAAAUAUUCACACCUCAAAGCUUUUUAUGUUGUCACAGAGACUUGCAUUGCGUGACAAUGGCCAUGAAUGUUCGUUUUUGUUUAAUUUGACUAAGUAAAUAAAAUGGGAAUAACGUUUGUAGUCAUUUCUGCUCAGUAUUUCUGUGAGGAAAGCGCAUGCUAUGUCUGCUCUGACUUUGUGCAGCAGCUGCUGGGAGAAGAGGUGGCAGUGAUUUGUAUUCAGAGUUGUUGAAGGAAGCUCAGCUUGGGGCACAGGAAGCAUGUUUUUCUGUAAAUGAACCGCUUCUUGAAUAAGGUUGCAAGGUUCUUGUUUAGAAGCCACCAUUUCCCAACACUAAAAGAGUCAUAAAAAUUGUUCUUUUCUGCAAGACUGAGCUAUUAGAGAAGUUCCUUCAAUUGCCAUUUUAAAAAGAUGGCUGCAGUUUAUCCUUGCAGUAGUGACUGCUUACAUGUCAUUUGUACAAGUAGGUCUCUGCUGGAGAACAGAGCUGCUGUCGUGGUUCACAUGGUUUGUAAGAACGUUUUUCUGUGCAGAAAUAUGAAAAUAGGAAGGGUACCUUUACCCUUGGUUGCAAAAAGUGGAGCUGGAUGAUCAAAGUGGGGUUGUUUCAAGGAGAAUGUUGGCUGCCAGGAGAGGAGAGAGGGCCCUACAACCACGGGAUGCUGGGGAGGAGAAGUGUGCCCAUGGAGUAUAACCCAGUUGGCUGAGCGUGGGCACUUGUAUGAAAGCACAGAGCCAGGUGUGAGCUGUGCGAGUAUGAGGUCGUGAACGCUGUCUGUCAGUGCACACAGCCUGUUACUGCGGUACUUUGAGUCUGUACAGUACAUCUUGUAUGAACUUUAAUCUUUCAGAUUGUACUGACCCAAAAAUAAGGAGAAUCUCUGACUGGAGGCGCUCAGUAACACACGAAGGAUGGCUGGCUCCUGGAAAGCUCGGCACGUCCCCAAGGGAACGCGAGGUCGCUCAGCCUGCCCAGUGGCACUGCUGACCAGUUAUGAACAGGGCGCUGGUGGUGCAGGGACUGCACAGAUGUGUGUGGCAGGGGGAGGCUGAGGGAAACAGGGAGGGCUGCAUGUCCUGGGCAAGGGAGUGGCACAUCAGUGUGCUGGCAUUUUGUAGUUUGCGAGACAGGUUCUGUAGCAUAAACUCGUAUGUGAUAAGGAAGGCACUCUAAGUUUGGACUCAAAGUCACAGGGGACUAUGAAAGAGAAAGUUAACUUCAAACGCAGGCUGAGCAGAAAGUAACAUGGUUUUUUCAGACGCUUACAGUUUGAACUUUUAUAAAAUAUUAAUCGAGUUCUGUGAAUGUUUUUCUGCUUAACAUUUAUCUUGUAUGUGAUUUUUUUUCUCCUUAUUUUUCUAUCCUAUGCCAAAUAAAUUUUACUUUUAUUUA